AUGAGGGACCAACGUGACAAUAAGAUGUAUCGUAUUUCUGAGCUGCAGACAAACAAUCAACAGGUGAAAUCUCAAGAGUUAUCACAUCAACUGCUGCAACUGCAAAGUGCCAAUAAAGAAACAGUGACAAGAAAGGCAGAAUUGGAAGCGCUAAGGAAACAGAGAGAUGCAGCGAAAAUCAUGGUAACAGAAAUGGCAACCCAGGUAGACACUGCACGUACCAGGACAGCUGUACAGAUGGAAGCUGCUGAAAAGGCGGGUUUAUUUUCUAAUUCUAUAGUUUCCAAUUCAGUUUCUUCCGGAAAUGCUCUGCCUACUUUGGCAAGCGCUGGAAACGCAGCCAAGUAUCGAGCUCUGUUCGAGUUUAAUGCACGAAGUGAAGAUGAGUUAAGCUUUCAACCAGGUGACGUUAUAUUGGUAUUCGAAUCACACGCUGCCGAACCUGGGUGGAAAGCCGGGCAAAUUCGGGACAAGGUUGGAUGGUUCCCAGAAGCUUUCGCCGAACCGAUUGCUCCAGUACACUCUACAAUCUCUCAGGUAAAUCCUAUUCAAAAUAUGCCACCUAAUGUUACACCUUCACCAUCUUUGGAUAGGAUUCCUGAGGAUACCGUUAUCAAAUCUGCGACGUCUGCAAAAGAAACGACUCCUCAAGAUGCAGUUAAAGUCAUCUGUUCUUGCGUUGCACAGUUUCCUUGGAAGGCACGUAAUGAAGGAGAUCUUUCAUUCGCGAAAGGAGACAUCAUUGAGAUAGUUGAGCAGCAGGAAAUGAAAUGGCGCGGUCGUAAAGCAGAUGGGUCGAUAGGAUGGUUCCCAAAGAGUUACGUAAAGCCUGUUUUUCAGGUACACUUCCACACCUUAAUCAAAACGAUUCAGUGGAUUCCAUAUGUUUGUUUUUCUGUAGCAGUGAGCAAGUCACUAGCCCCGUCGGUAGGCUGGUAUGUGGCAAUGUUCAACUUCGACGCAGUCGAACCCACAGAUUUAUCACUGAAAGUGGGCGAUCGAAUCAUGGUGUUCGAGCGUAAGGACGAUUGGUGGAGAGGGCGCUGCAAUGGUCAUGAAGGCAUCUUUCCUGCCAAUUAUGUGCAGAAAUGCGAUACACCGACUGGAGCCACGAUUCCUAUCCUUUGUCGAGCUCGAGCGGUUGCCGAUUUCGAAGCAACUGCAGCUAACCAACUGAGUCUUCGAGCUGGUGAUGUGGUUUCGGUUCGUGAGAAAACUGCCACUGGCUGGUGGGAGGGAGAAAUGCAACGAGGUGACCAAAUCUGCGCUGGAUGGUUUCCAGGCGACUAUGUUACACCUAUAUCGGUUAACACUGCUACGGCCCUCUUUGACUACGAAGCCGGGCAAUCUGACGAGUUAUCUUUUCGUGCUGGUGAUGUGAUUAUUGUGGAGAAGAAAGAUGCUGACUGGUGGGCUGGACAUAAGCUGAAUUCACCAAAUCUCCGUGGUCUCUUCCCAGCGAAUUACGUACAGAUGAGGUAG